GAAUCUUCCUUCCAUAUUUCUCUGCAGUUCAGAAAAACCCUUUUUUCUUCUUUCAUAGUCUCCUCUUCUUCCAUUUCCAAUACCCAAGAACAAAACUAGGAAGUUAUAUAUAUAUAUAUAGCGCAAUCAGAGCCAUGGCAAAAGUUGGGAAGCUGACAAAGCUCAAGUCUGCAAUUAAAAGAUGGCCAUCUUUAAAGAAGCUCGCCCGCAGCAGCAGUGCCAUAGCGGCUGCAGAACCGGAAGACAAGGCAAUUCCGAAAGAUCUUCAUGCAGUUUACGUUGGAAAGUCGCGGCGGAGGUAUCUGGUAGGGUCUGAGAUCAUCUGUCAUCCUCUGCUACAAGAGCUCAUUGAUCGGUCCUCCGGCGGUGAUGCUAACGAUGAUGAUGCUGGUGAAGUUGUGGUUUCUUGCGAGGUUGUUUUGUUUGAGCACUUGCUUUGGAUGCUUGAGAACGAUGGGGCUCAGUUGGGGUCCAUGGAAGAGCUGGUUGAGUUCUACACCUGCUAACAACGAGGAGAAAAGCUAAAAGCUUUGUCAAAGUUGUAAAAAGAUUUUAGAGGCAUGAAAAAGGAAGGAAAAUAAUAAUGCAAAUUAAGUAGUAGGCAGUUAAUUUUAGUGUUUGUGUGUCCUUCUGGGACGGUGAGUAUUAACCCAUUAGAUUUUACUGCGGGAUGAUGUUGCUCAAGAACUUCAUCAAUUAGAAUAUUUCUUUUCUUUCUGUUCUUUUUCUAAA